CAGGAAGAGCUGAUCGUAUUUAAAGAAAGAGUCGAGAGCAUAUAAUGAAGAGGAAGACUGACAGAAAGAGAAGAUGGCUGAUGAGUGUGAUCUGUGUCUGCUGGGACUGAUCUUUCUCUCUUCACUUCUCUCAGGUUCCAGUGAAGUGGAUGAUGCUCAUGUGUUCAUCAGUUCUGGUCAAAGUGUCCGUCUGUCCUGUAAUAAUGCUCUUCCUGACUGCAAAUCAACUACAUGGCUCUAUAACAGAUUCAGUCAUUCAGAAGCAGUUGAACUGAUUGGUUUAGGGAUAAAGAAAGACACAGAGAGACAUGAGAGACUGAGUCUGGGGUCUGACUGCUCUCUGAACAUCAACAACAUCACAGAAGAAGAUUAUGGGUUUUACACCUGCAUACAAUAUGUCAAUGGACAACGACAAGAAACUGAUGCUCAUGUGUAUCUGCAUGUUCUUCAUGUCUCUUCAUCUUCAUCAUCCUCACAGACUGAGAUCAGUGCAGGCCGCUCUGUGACUCUCUUCUGUCAGCUGUAUUCAUAUUCUCUUGCUGGAGACUCUUGUGAUGAUUGGAUCCGUUCUGAGGGAAUUGAGCUGUUCUGGGUGAAUCAGGCUGGUGUUAAACUGAGGAUAUCAGACUCCAGAUAUCAGAUAUCAGCAUCAGAUCACUGUAACAUCACUCUGACUACAACACUCCUGAAUGAAGAUCACAACAGAGAGUGGAGAUGCAGUGUUACUCACAGAGAUCGAGUCCAGAGCUCAGUCACAUAUACUGUCAAGAGUUCAGCUCGAGAUGAUCCAGCGUCACCAGUGAUUCCAGUCCACAACACAAAAUCAACUACAACGACACCAAUAACUUCUACACAAGGUGUCAGAAGAGCGACGGAUGCCUCUGUGGAGCAGGCAGAUGAUGUGACUUAUAUUGUUUACUGCGUACGGUAAAAACAGAGACAAAAAGAAGAAGGUUCGCUGUGAUGAUAAAGUGACUUAUGCUUCCAUCGGAGGAUCAAAAGCUGGAGAUCAGCAAAACUGCAGUCAACUUUAUGCCUCUGUGAACAAGAACCAUCACAAAUCAGACAAAUAAUUAUACAGACACCACACGAGCAGAGGAAGAUGAACCUUAUAUAACAUGUUA